ACCCCUUUCUCCCCCUGAACUAGAGGGUUUGCUAAGAGAGGCCUAGUCCGGUUGCUCAGGCAAUCCUCGCGUUGCUCAAACUCUCAAUAGCCAAUGCCGCUGCCGCCGGGCUCCCCGCCCCCUUUCCUGCCGGCGGCAUUGGCUCCUGGGAGUUUGAGGCGCACACACUAGGCCUGUCAUCUUUUUUGGAGCGGCCGAGGCUAAUGGUGUGUGUAUAUGUGGCCUCAGGACACUUCCUGUACCGCCCGCCUCAGCCCACGGGGAGGUGAGCGCCCGCAAAGGCCCGGGCAGGCGCUGCCGAAAAGAGGAAAGGCAGCAGAGAGGAGCUUAGCUGCUCCCACUAGGCAAGCAGGCGGGUUCCCGUUGCCGGCGCUGGAAGAAGCAUAAAAAGACGCUGGCGCCAAGCACAGCCUCCUUUCCCCGCCCAGGAGAGCCUUCCGGCAGGGGCGGGCGAGCGGGCAAGGGAGUUUCGCUGCUGAGGUGAGCGUCCCUGGCGCACGUUCAGGUGUGCUGCGUAGCCGGCGGGGAGGCUGGUGAGUCAGUCCUACAUGGAAGGAGAGCAAGGGGCGAACAGCAUGAAAAUGAAGACAGUCCACUUACUGCCAGAAGAGCAGUUAAUGACAUUACAUCAACAGAUGGUGGAAAAUCAGACAUCAUAUAGACAAAAACUACAAACUUCACAGGAGGCACAGCAUAGACAGGCAGUACUUGUACAGAAGCUACAGGCAAAGGUAUUGCAAUAUCGAAAUUGGUGUAAGGAGCUAGAACAGCAAGUGGGAGCAAGCAGGGGAUCCAUUCAGUGUCGGAGGGAUCACAAAGAAGACCAUAGUCUAGAGAGAGCACUUAUCCAGUUGGAAGAGGAGCAGCACAGAUGUGAAAAUUUGGCUGGAGUAAACAUCUUGCUCAGGGAGCAUCUGGACAAGGCCAAUGAAGUGAAUGGAGCACUCCGAGAGGAUGUUGACAAACUAAUGACUGACUGGACAAAGGCCAGGGAUGAAUUGGAGCACAAGGAGAAUGAAUGGCACAAAGAACGCGAGGUUUUUGAAAGUUAUAUGAGGAAUGAACAUGAUCGUUUCCUUGGCGUAUGGCGGCAAGUGGUGACUUUACGUCGUUAUUUUCUGGAAAUGAAGACAGCAAUUGACAGGGAUCUGUCAGAGCUAAAGACAGAGCAUGUGAAGCUUUCUAGCUCUAUAGUUGUCAGUUGCUUCCGUCUAAGUUCUGGCACACAGCGUGGGGAGACCAACAGUCUGGAAAGCCUUGUCUUGAGGGAGCAGCAGCAGCAGCAUUAUGUGAGACCUGAGAAGAUAGCUAUGGAGAAUGAAAUAUACCAGCAAGCACAAGCAAUUGUGCGCUUGCAUGUCAAAGGAAACCUGGCAAAGGAGGACCUUCAUGCCAGGGUGAUGGAGCUUACUGCCUUGCUUGAAGAGUCUCAAAAACAGAAUGAGGAGAAGGAGAAAGCAGUAAAGACACUCAGAGAUACAGUGGAGAUUCUGGAGGCUGAUUGUUUGAAGUUGGAAUAUGAACAAUCUCAGAUUAAGAAUGCAAACAAAGAGAUCCUUUCGCUUCAACGUGUGAUAAAAGAAAUAACCCAAGCAGUAAUCGAUGAGAGCACUGCAGCAGCUGGCAUCCCACAGUCAGAGAGUUAUCCUGAGUCCUGCAGUUCCUUGCAGCCAAACCCUGGUGACCCAGAUGGUGCCCUUCUCCUUGUGCGUGAUGUGCUAGCUAGGAAUAGCAGUGAAGUACAGCACCUGAAGGUGCAGCUCUUGGCUAGUCAAAAUUCAGCCAGCUCUCUGGAAAAGCAACAAGAGCAGCAUGAAGAGCAAUGCACAUUCCUACGAGAGAGGCUUGAGCAGCUAGAAGGAGAGCGAGACACUCUCACUACUCAACUGCAGCAUUUCCAGUCUGUGGUGGAGACUUACCGUAGUGACCAUACAGCCCUGGAGAAGUCCAGGAAAGAACUGCAACAACAGCUGGAAGUCUUGGAACAGGAAGUCUGGCACUUGCGCCGAAGCAACACUGAGCUACAGCUGAAAGGAGACAUGGUGGAUGUGCAGAAAGAAGAGCAACAGCAGGAAUUGGAAAGGAUUGUGCGGGAUAGAGAAUACAUUCAGGAAGAUAGAAGUGCCCUUGAAGAAAAGCAUUCAUUGUUAAAGAAUGAGUUAGUAGCUAUGAGAGAAGUGCUGGAAAAAUCUCACCUUGAUGGAGAGCUGGUGAAGCAGGAAAAAAGUGAACUUGUUUCAGCACUGGAGCAGGCUGAGCAGUCACUUGCGCAGUUAACUGGGGCACACAAUAAAUUAAAGUCAGAAACCUCUGAUCUUCGUGAUGUUGCUGCAAAGAUGAGUGCCCUUAAUGAGGCUUUAGCACUGGACAAAGUGGGUUUGAAUCAGCUUAUCCUGAAGCUGGAGGAGGAAAACCAGGCUCUUUUGAACAAAGUGGAUAAACUGGAGAUGAUAAGGUCCUCUUCACAGAAACAGCUCAACCAGGCUGAAAGAACAAAUGAGGAGAGACAUGCAGAGAAGAUGCGGUUGGAGCAAUUGUUACAUGAGGAGGAGUUCUUGCAGGAAAACUUGCAGGAAGAGCUGAGAGUGCUGAGAGAUGAACAGAAAGAAAUGCAGGAGAAGCUGAGCCAGGCUCAUCAGCAGCAUGAAACAUCUAGUGCUGAAUUGGAACAAGCACUUCAGGGGUCAAGCCGUCUUGGAGAACUGCUGACCAAGGUGUCUAGAGAAAAGGAAUCAAUAAUGCGUGGAAGAGCAGCAUUGGAAGUCCAACUAGGGGCUGUUGAGCGGGAGAGGUGGACCCUUACAGAGCAGCUGGCAGAGUUUCGAGCAGCAAAAGAUCUUUUGGAAUCGAGCCUCUUUAAAGCUCAGCAGCAAAUAUCUCAACUGGAAGUUACCAAGGGUCAACUGGAAAUGAAAGUUCAGGCAAUCAGCCAGGCCAAGUUAGCGAUACAAGGGGAGGUGAAAUGCCUUUGCAUUGAACUGGAAGGUGAGAAGUCAAAAGUUGAGCAAGAAAAGGAAGACAAAGCACGGCAGCUCUUACAGGCAGAGCAGAAGUACCAAGAAACCCUCAACCACUGCCAGGCUGUGCAUAAGAAAGAAAUGAAUAGAGUCUUUCAAGAGUUGGAAGCUGAACAAGAAAAGCACCGAAUAGAACUGGAGCAGAUGUUGAAGUUGAUCAAGGAGAAAGAGGAGGCAAAGUGUGUCUUUGAGAGGAAGCUGUUGGAGCUAAAGCAGGAAGCUACUACUAUACAGACACAGAUGAAGGAUGAGCUUAUUGACACUGAAAGGACCAAGCAGGAGAUGCUGCUAGAAAAAGAGGAUGAGAGGAAAUCUUUAUUAGAUGAGCUUCUCCAAACAAAGGAAGAGCUGACCAGUGCUUGCCAGCAGCUGGAAUUACUACAUCAGGAGGUGAAGAAGCACCAAAAGAGAGAGCAGAAUCUGGAAGCAGAACUUAAGGAUGCCCAAAAUACAAUGGAAAUGCUGGAAAAGAAGACCAGGGAUGAAGUAAAAUCUCUCAAAGAAGAAAUCAACUUUCUUCUUCAACAGCGAGACACUUUGCAAAAUCAGGUUCAAGAUUUGGAGUCUCAGCUACUGACAGCAAAAGAAUCUUGCCAGUUGAUUAGCCAGGAGGCUCAGCAACAUUUAAGAGAAGUGCAAGAAUUGUCCAAACAGAAGAUGCUGGAGGUUUCACACCUCCAAAAAUUGCUAGAAGCAGAGAGAAAACAGCUAGAAGAGGCAGCACAUAGGAACACUGAGUUGCAGAGCCGAAAGGAAGAGGUGGAGCAGUGGAACACAGAACUGAGGGCUACACUGCAAAGUCAGUGGGAGGAAGAACAGCAUCUAAACCAAGAACUUCUGAGCAAGCAGGAAGAGGCAGAACACCAGCAUGCCACAGUUCAAGCCCUGGAAAGGGAGCAGAGCCAUUGGGAGGAGGCCAAGCGUCACAAUUCAGAGCGAUACACUGCACUCCAGAGGCAAUGGGAGGAAGUAAAAUGUCAAAAUAAGGAUCUACAAGACAAAAAAAGGGAAGCAGAGCUUCAGAAUGUGGAGUUGCGGCAUCAAAUGGAAGAGGUGGAACAUCAGAAUGUGCAACUGAAGGAUCUGCUCCAGAGGCAGCGAGAGGAGGCAGACCAGGAAAGUGCAGUGCUUCAGAGGCGUUGGGAGGAGGCACAACAACGGUACGCAGAGUUGCAGAGUUGGAAAGAGAAAGUUGAGCAUCAGAAUGCAGAAUUACAGGUGGUUCUCUGUACCCAGCAAGAGGAGCUGAAAUGUCAGAACAUCGAGCUGCGAGCAAAGCGGAAAGAGGUAGAACAUCAGAACACUGCUCUAGAAAAGAUGAAGAAGCAGCAGAACCAGUGGGAGGAAGUGGAAUGUCAGAAUGCAGAGCUUAAGGCAACACUGCAAGCUUUGGAGCAGGAAAGGGCCAGUCUGUAUGUGUCCUUGGAGGAAAAAGAGGCCAGGCUCAAGAGGCUGCAAGACAGGGAUGAUGCUCACCAGGGAGAAAUUGCCAAAAUGAAUACUGAACGACAGCAAGCACAGCAGCUGGUUGCUGAGCAUAGAAGAGAGGUGCAGGAGCUCAGUACCCAGAUGCAGUCACUCAAGCAGAUGAUGCUAGAGAAGGAGACAGCCUUGAUAACUCGCAAGGAGCAGUUAAUUCAGGACCUGGAAGAACUGCGUGCUAGCGAGCGGCAUUUGAGGGACUCUGUGCAGACACUGGAGGCUGAAGCAUCUCAAUUGCGCCUGAGUCUUUGUGGUGCAGAGAGUAGGGCAGAGGCAUUGGCAGCGGAGUGCCAGCGUGCUUGUUCAGCCCGUUGGGAGACACAGUCCCAGCUGACCAAGCUACAUUCAGUUCUACAGUACAUGCUGUGUAACAGCCCUGAGACAAAGUUGGAUCAUGGAGGGAGAGGAGACCGAAACACUUGGAGCUCAUUGUCCCUUAAUAGAGAACAGGAUAAUGUGACUGGACUGACUCUACCUCAGCUCACGGACCUUUCCACAGAGCUUACAGUGGAGAGAGUGGCAGAAGCUAUUCAGGACCUGAGGCAGGAUCUAUGGCAGGCUCGCCUAGAGCGGGAUGAAAUGAAGAAGAAUUCUGAGAAACUGAAGCAAGAACUCAGUGAAAAGGAAGCAGAGAGAGACCGUGUCAACGCCAAAGCCCAAGAACUGCAAAAGUGGAUGAAUCAAAGCCAGGAAGAAAAGAAGAUGGCAGAAGGCAAACGGGGCUCCCUAGAGACCGCCUUGAAGGCAGAGGUUAUUGCCUUCAGUGAAGAGAAUGUGACUUUGCGUGGGAAGCUGUCCACUUUGGAGAAGACUAUUGAGAGUUCAGAGAAGCAAAGGAAGGAUGUAUUGAAUGAACGAGAUGCACUACUGAUGGCCAAGGAGAAGUUGGCACGGGAGCUGGACCUUCUUCAAGAAUCUGUCACAGCCUCUGAGAUUCGGGCAAAUGCUAUGGAAAAGAUGAAUCAGUCCCUGGAGCAAGAGCUUCAGGCAACACUUUCAGCCCUAAGAAUUAAACAUGAAGAAAUAGAGAUUCAGCAGAUCAAACUUAUGACAUUGCAGCAAGAGGCAGGAGUAGGAAAAGUCUUGCAAGAAAACCUGGAUCACCUAACUGUUAAUCUAGCAAAGAGAGAUGAGGAGAUAAAAUCUCAGCUAGAACAGAUUAGAGAUCUGGAGAGAGAGAGAGAAGUGCAAAAAGCUGAUGUGGAACAUCUCAGUAAAGAUUUAGAGAAAAAAGGUCAAGAAACUCAAUCUCAAAAAAAACAGAUUGAAGAAUUAGGAAAGCAGAAUGAAAUGCAGAAGGCAGCUCUAGAGAGAUUAAAUCUAGAUCUAGAAGAAAGUCUACAAACUAUAAAAUCUCAACAGGAAAAGAUCCGAAACUUGGAAGAAUUAACACAAAGUCAAAAAACUAUAAUGGAAAGCCUGACUCUAAAUCUAGAAGAAAAAGUCAAGGAAACUAAAAUUAAGGAGGAAAAAAUCCAGAUUCUGGAAAAGAACGGGUCAUCACAAAUUGGAGCUUUGCUGAAAGAUGUAUGUGAACUGAAAGCACAGUUGAGUGAAAAAGAUUGGGAACUUGUAUCUCAAAAGCAGCUACUUCAAGAACGGGAAGAAUUGGGGGGAAAGCAGGUAAAUUCUCUUCAUACAAGCCUUGAACAUAUGAAGGCCAUUCUCAAGAACAAAGAAAGGGAGGUUGAAUCCCAGAGGGAACAGAUAAUGAAUUUCCAGCAGUGCAAAGCUCAGAGGGAGGUGCAGCUCCAUGAACUGCAUGAGAAAGUAAAACAGAUGACAUUCACUCUGACCCUGAGAGAUGAACAGUUAGAGUCACAAAAGCAGCAAAUAAAAGAGAGGGAAGGAGAAAUAGAAAUGGAACUAAAGGCCCUUCGUGAACUUAUAGCGAAGACACAGACAACCUUAAAGAAAAAGGACACAGAGCUGGAGUUCCAAAGGAAACUUGAAGAAGAAGUAGUAAGGCAGGUGGAAGUUUUACUUGGAGAUCUCCAAUACAGUACAGCCUUGAGAAAGGAAAAAGAUGGUGGCGGUGUUGAAUUUCAGAAAGAGCAAAGAAAGGAGUUCAAACAAGAAUUGGAACUUGGGCUACAGGAAACAAGAAUCAUUUCCUGUAGCCUAAGUUCCAAUUCUUGUUUGAAGAUGUUGAGGCAACUCAAAGUGGUAUUAAAGGAGAGAGAACAAGAAAUCAAGUCCCUGAAAGAGCAGCACGAAAAACACAAGGAAAAAAUGGAAAGGCAAAUAAGGGAAAUGCAAGCAAAUCUUCAACAGGCUUUGAGAAAAGGAGAGAAGGAGCUAGACUCCUUAAAGGAGGAGAACCAUCAGCUUCAAGAACAAGAGAAAGAAGCAGUGGCUCAGAUACAAUCUAUCUUGGAGAAACUGGAAUUCACCAGAUCUUCUCUGCAAAAUAGAGAACAGGAGAUAAAAUCCUUACAAGAGCAUAUCACAGAGCUCUCAAAACAGAAAGACCUGGAAGAGAAUACUGUCAAAAGCCUACAAUGGGAUCUAGCAAGGAUUAAUCAAUUAAUGAAGCAGAAGGAAGAAGAGCUGCUCAAGCAGGCAGAGCAAAUUAGCACAUACCAGUUUAAAUUAGAAGAUGCACAGGCAGAACUACAGGCAUGCCAGAAUCAAGAACAUCAUCUGGAGGGAAUAAUUAAGGAGAAUGAACAAGGGAGUGAGAGAGACUUUGAAAAUCCCCCAAACAAACAUGAACAGGUACGGCAACCCCAUCUCCAAUGGGUUGAACAAUGUCCCGGUGGACAAAUGGAAUUUCUAAAAGAAGAUCAGAAAGGAAGGGGAAAAGAGAUGAAAGCUCCACAUGAGAGAGGGCAAAAACAUUUGAAAGAUGAGAUUAAGGAGCUUCAGGAGAACAUACAUAAUCUCCAACACACGUUAAAGAAAAGAAAUAAUGAAAUGAAAUCGCAGAGUGGAAAAAUCAAGCAGCUGGAAGAGAGAGUUGCAGGUAAAGAGAAGGAAUUGCUAACCUGCAGUGAACAGCUGAAACAAAUUGCCUACGCCCUGAGAUUACAAGAUAGUGAAGAAGACAACUUACAGAGCCAUAUCCAAAAACUCCUGAUAUGGAAAGAAGAGGAGCUUGCCAAGAGAGAGGCUUUUCAGAAAAGGGAUCAGUUGUUGGAAUGGCAAAAAGAGAAGAUUCAGCACUUGGAAGAGGAGAAAAGAGUCAAGAAUCAAGAACUGGAUCGUGUGACAGCUAUUCUGAAACAGACAGAGAGUGGAGAGAUAGAAUGGAGAGAGAAAGCACAGAAGUUUGGUCUCUCUCUGGCCCAGAGUGAAGAGGUUGUGAGAGUCCUGAGGGAAGAAAUGGCUGUAGUACAGAACAUGGUUUCAGACAGAGAUAAAGACAGGCUCCAUCUUCAGGAGCAGUUGGAUACAGCUUUCAGAGCACUGGAGGAAGAAAGACUUGUUACUAAAGCUUUGACAGGAGAUGUAGAUCUGUUACCCAGAGAAAAUGACAUGUCAGAAAUGUGGCAUAAAGGAGCCGGAGAGGGUGUGAGAAGAGAUGAAGGGCUGAUAUGGCUGACCAACAGGAGAUUCUUGUAUAAGCACUUGGAACUUCUGCAGCAAACUGUUGCCAAGCUGGAGAAUGAUAAAUGUGGUUUGAAGCAGCAUAAUACCCAGCUUAGGGAUGCACUAGAGCAGGUGGAACGUGAACGGAGGAGACUGAAAAGGAAUCGCGGAAGCCCUUCUCUGAGCUUUAAACUCUCCCAGACUGAUUCUGGCCCUCAAAAUAUUUCAUCGCUUUCUAAGGAAGAAACCCAGAUGCUCUAUAAGCAAUUGGCAGAGUUACAAAAACAAGUGUCGGUUCUACAAAAGCAACUAUCACUGGAAAGGAAGCAGAAGCAGGAUUAUAUUGACAGUUGUGCCAAAACAAACCAGGAGCUUUCAAGCCUACAUCAAGAGCUCUCACAUUCUUUGGCUGCUGUGGCUAGAGAACCUGAGGCUAGUGUUCUGAAAUCAGAGGCCCUCAAGCUUGAUGAAACCAUAAACCACAGUUUGGUAUUGGCACCUGUAGGCUGGGAUAGUCGUUUCUCUGAAAAAUACCCAAUGAGCUCAACACUGAAAACAGUCCAGCAUAAGGACUCAAGGUAGCAUGCAAGUGGCAGAAGUUCUGCUGAAGCAUGGUCAGUUCUCAAAAUAUGUGACUUGACUUUGGACAAUCCUGAAAGUUUCUUUUAGUUGGUAUAAAUUUCAACCUGUACGGAACUGCAGGUUGAUUAGAUGUGAUGAGGCUUUCCCCACACUCUACUCCCUUUGAGUCCAGGGACUCAUCUUGUCUACUUCUGUCCUUGAAUAUAAUUGCACACUGUCCGGAACCAGUUGAAGAUCAUGAAAUGUAAGCUGUGAAAUAAUGACUAUGCAGGCUGAAUAUAAAGUGACUAUAGACUGUGCCAAUUGAAGUUUUGUUCUGAGAUACAACUUUUAAAAAGAUAACUCCUUAACUACUGAAUUUCUGGUGGUAAGAACAGAAGUUCCUUGAAGAAAUUGAGUCUUGAGAGAAGCUGAGCUCACUUAAAAUUUUUCCAGUGGGGUUUUGCAUAGAGAUCCAAGAUAGAACUGGACAAGUGUUUGAAAGAAGGGUCCCAACCAUAAUUAUAUUCCAUUGAAUUCCUUAUUAUUUUUAUUGGUGAUGGUGUGUCUGUUUCAGAAUUGAUGCCUUAUCCUGUACGCUACAGCAACUAACUAUAAAAUAUCUCCAGAAGUUAUUUUUAUAAUAAUUUUGUACUAAAGAGUUUUUUUAAUAUUUAUAAUAAAUAUAUUUAGCUUAA